GCCUUGUUCUUACCUCACCCUGGAGGAACCAGACAGACCAGCAGUGACUCCAGAUUAACCUAAUUUUUUUUAUUUUCCCUCAGAUGACAUAGGCUUGUCUACUUCUCUCCCUCCACAAUGGUUGUCCCUGAAUCCCAGGACAAAAUGUACUACCCUCCUGACGACCUACAGAGGGAUGCUCAUGUGCCUGAUUUAAACUCCUAUCUGGAAAUGUACAGGAAGUCACUGGAGGACCCAGAUGAGUUCUGGAAGGAGAUUGCUGAUGAGUUCUUUUGGAAGAAGCCAGCAACAGGGCCAAUGCUGCAGUACAACUUUGAUGUGACAAAAGGCAACAUAUUUAUCAAGUGCAUGGAAGGAGCCCAAACCAACAUCUGCUAUAAUGUCUUGGACAGACAUGUGAAGGAUGGGAACCUCUGUGACAAGGUUGCCUAUUACUGGGAGGGAAACUCACCUGACCAACACACGACCAUCACCUAUCACCAGCUGCUGAGCCACGUCUGCCGCUGUGCUAAUGUGCUCAAACAAAUGGGUGUGAAAAAGGGAGACAGGGUGACAAUCUACCUGCCCAUGAUCCCAGAGCUCGUCUACGCCAUGCUGGCCUGCGCCCGGAUAGGUGCUGUUCACUCUGUCGUGUUUGCAGGCUUCUCCUCUGAAGCUCUAAGUGAAAGGAUCAUGGAUGCACAAAGCAGUAUUCUGGUGACAGCAGAUGGUGUUUACAGAGGGGAGAAGUUGAUCAACCUGAAGCAGAUUUCUGACGAGGCCUUAGAGAAGUGCAGGGAAAAAGAUUCAUCGAGUGUCACCAAAUGCUUGGUUGUCAGGCACGAUGCACUGAGGACAAAAACUGGAACAACAUGCAACAAACUACAGACCCCCUGGGACUCAGAGCAAGAUGUGUGGUGGGAUGAAGCAAUGAGAGACUCUCCUGAGGAGUGUGAACCCGAGUGGCUAGAUGCUGAGGACCCGCUGUUCAUCCUCCACACCAGCGGCUCCACUGGCAAACCCAAAGGUGUCGUCCACACUGUUGCAGGCUAUCUGCUCCACACCUCUCUGACCUUCAGAUACGUUUUCGAUUAUCACCAUGACGACGUGUACUGGUGCACCGCAGACAUCGGCUGGAUCACUGGCCACUCCUACAUCACCUACGGCCCUCUUGCAAACGGUGCCACAAGUGUCCUUUUUGAAGGCAUCCCUGUCCACCCUCAUGUCGGCCGGUUCUGGGAGAUUAUUGAGAAGUACAAAGUGACCAAGUUUUACACGGCUCCCACAGCCAUCCGCCUGCUGAUGAAGUACGGGCACGAACCACUGCAGAAGUAUGACCUGUCCAGCCUGAAGAUUCUGGGCUCUGUGGGUGAGCCCAUCAAUCCCGAGGCGUGGCAGUGGUACUACGACAUGGUUGGUCAGGGCAGAUGUCCCAUAGUUGACACUUUCUGGCAGACAGAGACAGGAGGUCACGUCUUGACUCCUUUGCCUGCUGCUACACCACUGAAACCAGGCUCUGCUACCUUUCCUUUCUUUGGGAUUGAACCCACCAUCCUUAAUGAACACGGAGAGGAACUAGACGGCGAGGCGGAAGGUUAUCUGGUCUUCAGGAGGCCCUGGCCUGGAAUAAUGCGUACUGUGUAUAAAAACCAUGAACGCUUUGAGAACACCUACUUCAAGAAAUUCCCGGGUUUUUAUGUGACUGGUGAUGGCUGUAGACGGGAUAAAGAUGGUUAUUACUGGAUCACAGGGAGGAUAGACGACAUGCUGAAUGUGUCAGGCCACCUCAUGAGCACAGCGGAGGUGGAGGCAGCUCUGAUGCUGCACCCGGUUGUGUCUGAGGCUGCCGUGGUGAGCCGACCCCACAAGGUGAAGGGAGAGUGUCUCUAUUGCUUUGUCACGCUCAAAGACUCCAGGGAGUUUAACCACUCACUGGCGGAGGAGCUGAAGAGACUGGUGAGGGAGAAAAUUGGACCAAUCGCCACACCAGACUUUAUUCAAAAUGCUCCAGCUCUGCCCAAGACUCGCUCGGGGAAGAUCAUGAGGCGAAUCCUCCGGCAGAUCGCCCGCAACGACAAGGAUCUGGGGGACCUCUCUACCCUGGCUGACCCUAAGGUGGUGGAGGUGCUGUUCAGCCAGAGGAAUGAAGCUGCAGCCUGAGGAAACACCUCAAUCUUCCUUUCUUCUCACUAUGCAACACUACUGAUGAAGACAAUGACAUGCUACUGUUUUUAGAUCAGCAUCCAAGUGUUAUUCUGCUCUCUGUUUGGACUGGAUGAUGGGGUCGGGAUCAGAACGCUGACACUAAAUAAUCUGAAAUACCAAAUCUUUUGUGUUGGUGCUUUGAAUCGAAGCCUUUCAACAGGGAAGAAUUUAAUCAUUUUGUCUUCUUAAAUCUUGAAUUUGAAAUGUCAGCUUUGCACAGCUCCUUUCUGAAUGACCCCCGUGGUAUUAUUUUUCUUCUAUUUUUGUGAUACAUUUAUAUAUGACCUGAGAAUAAAGCAUUUAAUUCA